AUGAAGUUUGAGAUCACAUCAUCCGGCGCCGCUGCGCUGGUUGCACUCAUUGCUGGUGCCGAGGCUGCCCAACACGGUCAUCACCACCACCAACAUCACCAUGAGGUUCGCUCCGUUCCCGAGGUCGGCACAACACUGGUGAAGAAGAGCGGGCAAUGUCAAUUCCCCACGGAUGCUGGUCUGGUUGCCAUCACCCCCAGUGAGGAGAAUGCCGGAUGGGCCAUGAGCCCUAACCAGCCCUGCACGCCGGGCAGCUACUGCCCGUACGCUUGUCCCGCUGGUCAAGUGUCGAUGCAGUGGGAUCCGGAGGCGACCUCGUAUACCUAUCCUCUUUCGAUGAACGGUGGACUCUAUUGUAACGAGAACGGAGAGAUCGAGAAGCCCUUCCCCAGUCGACCAUACUGUGAGGACGGCACUGGUGCGGUGUCGGUCAUCAACAAGGCUGGCGCCCCUGUGGCCUUCUGCCAGACUGUGCUCCCUGGAAAUGAGGCCAUGUUGAUCCCAACUCUGGUUGAGGACGUGGCCACUCUCGCUGUGCCCGGUGAAUCGUACUGGUGCGGGACCGCUGCGCAGUACUACGUCAACGCCCCUGGCGUCCCGGCCGAGAUCGGCUGUGUCUGGGGUACAUCUUCCAACCCGAUCGGUAACUGGUCCCCGUACACUGUCGGCGCCAACACUGUCGCCGAUGGCAGCACCUACGUGAAGCUCGGCUGGAACCCUAUCUACCUGCAGCCCAGCACGCCGUUCCGCAGCGUGAUGCCUGAUUGGGGUAUUUCCAUUGAGUGUGAGGGUGACGGUUGCAAUGGUAUUCCAUGCUCCAUUGAUCCGUCGGUCAUCACCACCGUCAACGAUAUGCUUGGUGACGCCGUCACUGGUGCUGGCGGUGCGACGGGCUGCACGGUGUACGUUCCUGCUGGCUCGAAGGCCAACUUCAUUGUCCACCGGAAGGGUGACGAUGCUGGGCCGCUUCCCUCCAGCAGCGCGGACCCUGUGGAGACUCCUACUCCUACUCCCACCUCCACGGAGACUCCUACGGAGACUGCAACCUCCGCCUCCACUGACGAAUCAAACUCGAGCUCGACUACUACCUCGAUGUACAGCAACUUUUCAAGCAUUGGCGCGCCCAUGCCCAGCCAAUCUAUGACCAUGGAAUACAAGCCCCAUGUGCUGCAGCCGACUGGCCCCGCUCAGAUCACCCCUGCCGGGUCGAGCUCGGGCUCGGACUCGAGCUCCACCGCUGCAUCACCCUCGGCCACCGGCAACAGUGCCGCGAGCGCCACAAUCUCCAAGCUGAGCCUGGGGCUCGGAGCUGUGGUCGCCGGUGUGUUUAUGAACCUUUAA